CUUUAUUUUGAUGACAACACGGCAGAUUGGUUUGGAGCUGGCAAAGACGGGAGUUCGGUUCUGGUAUCUGGCAGCCAGUAAAAUGAAUUAAGCUGUAGCAAACUCGCAGAUCGACCAGCCCGCUCCGCACAACUGUGCACACAAGACGACGACGACGUCGAGCAGGAAGCGAUUUGGGUUGUGAGGUAAUUCCCGAGUCAAAAAAAAGACCUGCCGCCGCCACACGCCGAUAAAGAUUCUCGCGUACCCGGCCAGAAUCGGAGUGGGAAUCACGGAUUCAGCUGGAGCGCGCGGCCAUAGCCCCCCGAUAAUACCACAUCCAUAUCCGGCAAGAUGAUACCGCUUUCGCACAAGGAUAGGAGCAGCUUCGGCUACCGGGUGCGGGAGAAGCUCAACAGCUGGAAGCGACUCAUCUUCUCCGACCGCAACUCGCGCAACCUGUUCCUCUUCCUGCUGCUCAACCUGAGCUUCGCCUUCGUGGAGCUCUUCUACGGCAUCGCGACGAAUAGUUUGGGCCUGAUCUCCGACUCGUUUCACAUGUUCUUCGACUGCACGGGCCUCUUGGCGGGAUUGGCCGCCUCGGUUAUCACCAAGUGGAAGGCCAACGACAAGUUCUCCUACGGCUAUGUGCGAGCCGAGGUGUUGGCCGGCUUUGUCAACAGCCUGUUCCUGUUGUUCAUAGCCUUCUUUAUCCUGUCGGAGGGCGUGGAGAGACUCAUUGAGCCGCCGGAGGUCAAGCACGAGCGACUGUUUGUUGUCUCCGUCCUCGGUUUGCUGGUCAACCUGGUGGGCAUCUAUGCCUUCAAUCAUGGAGGACAUGGACACUCGCACGGCGGCGGUGGACACGGCCACUCGCACGGUGGAGGCCAUGGACACUCGCACAGCCACAACGACGCCGGUAACCACAAUCACCAGGCCAUCACAUUGGACAAUGGUCAUGGACACUCUCACGAUCACGACAGCCAUGGCCACUCGCAUGGCGAUAUGUCGGGCAGCAACUCGCAGAUCAUGCGCGGCGUUUUCCUGCACAUCCUGGCCGACACCCUGGGUUCGGUGGGUGUGAUAAUCUCGGCAGUGCUGAUGCACAUGUUCGGCUGGAUGAUUGCGGACCCCAUCUGUUCCAUCUUCAUUGCCCUGCUGAUAGCGCUCAGUGUGCUGAGUCUGAUCAAGGAGUCGAUAAUGAUCCUGAUGCAGCGACAGCCCUCAGACCUGGACCGAUCCCUGCCGCAGUGCUACCAGAAAGUCACCGGACUGGCCGGCGUCUAUGCGGUGCAGGAGCCGCACUUCUGGACCCUCUGCUCCGAUGUCUACGUGGGAGCCCUCAAGCUGGAGGUGUCCAAGAACGUCGAUCCCAAGUACGUGGUCACGCACACGCGAAUAAUAUUCGAGGCGGUGGGCGUGAAGCAGAUCUACAUACAGCUGGAUUACGUUUGAUCAAGAUGGGAUCGACCCACCGGUGUCCUUGUACAAUGAUGUGUAUAUUUAACAACGUGUGUUGCAUGUGUGUGCAGUGCGAACGGGCGUCGAUGUUAUCAAAUAUUAUUUUGAAAUUUUAGUUCAUUGCGGCCACACAAAGCCCCAUCACUUCCAAAAGUCCCCUCCAAGAGCUAAGUAAAACAAAAUGUUCAAUCUUCAGUUGUACUAGUAAUUUUCCGAAUUUUGUUAACUUAUUUAACGUUUGUAUUUGUUAAAAUGCUUUCGGCAUUCAUUCCAUUCUAUACAAACUAAGCGCAUAACAUAUGCGAUAGUCGAGACCGAGAUGCAUUAGUGUAAUUGUAAGCUAAGCGAAAGAAUUUGUGCAUAAGUAAAUAUAUACUUUUAAAGUCUUUUUUAAAUUCAGAAUGAACAAAACCAGAAUCGUGCAUACCUACAAAUAGCAUCUAAUCUGACUGACAUUUCCACGGACAUUCCGCUGUGCGGUGGAAGUGCAUUAAGUGAACCGUUUUUGCCACAGUUGAAGCAUCAAAAUUAUGAACGAAAUAAAAUUUAAUUUGUUAUUAGCAUUUUUAUACGUAAA